CGGGCCGCGCAGGAGCGCUUCUACGGCACCGCGGCGCAGAUCAAGCUGCUGCUGGAGGUGCCCGAGCAGGUGUGGGGCGCCAUGGAGGCCUCGCGCCUCCUGCACGCCACCCGCCUCCACCUGCUCUGCUGCCACCUGCACGCGCUGCUGCGGCUCGAGCCCGCCGCCUCGCGCUGCAGCCCCGUGCUCGCCCGCUUCCCCGUGCUCGUGCGCCACGUGGCCGCCGCCAGCCACUUCAGAUCCACCAUCCUGCAGGAGAGCAAAUCGCUGCUGAAGUGCCGGGCCGUGUCGGACCAGGCGGUGGCAGAAGCCCUGUGCUCCAUCAUGCUCCUGGAGGACAGCUCUCCGCGCCAGGCCCUGGCCGACUUCCUUCUGGCCAGAAAGUCGGCUAUCCAGCAGCUUCUCAACCAGCCGCACCAUGGCUCGGGGAUCAAAGCGCAGGUGUGUUCGCUGAUGGAGCUGCUAACGACCACGCUGUACCAGGCCCAUGCCCUCUUCUACACCAUGCCCGAAGGGGCUCCCUCAGACCCAGCCCUGCCCUGCGGCUUGCUCUUCUCCACGCUGGAGAGCACCACGGGCCAGCAGGCAGCAGGGGCAGGCGGCAUCCUGGAGGACGAGGUGAAGCUGAGCAGCUGGUUCCGCUACCUCCCCGCAUCCGUGGUGGAAUUCCAGCCGUCGCUCCGGACGCUGGCGCACCCCAUCAGCCAGGACCACCUCCGGGACACGCUGCAGCAGUGGAUCACCCUGUGCAAUGACGACAUCAAGGCUGGGAUCACCAACCUGCUGGUCUACGUGAAGAGCCUGAAAGGCCUCGCAGGGAUCCGCGACGCCGUGUGGGAGCUGCUCACGAGCGAGGCCGUGAGCCAGCACUGGGACACCGUGUGCCGGCGCCUUUUGGACAAACCCGCUUCCUUCUGGGAGGACUUGCUGCAGCAGCUCUUCCUGGACAGGUUGCAGACACUGACUAAAGAAGGAUUUGAUUCCAUUUCAAGCAGCUCCGAGCAGCUUCUCAUCUCGGCGCUGGAGGAGCUUGAAAGCAAGCCCAGCACCUCAGUCCCUAGCAAACACCUCCAGUUUGAGCACAACGUGGCGCUGUUCCUGUGGUCGGAGAGCUCCAGCGACCUGCCCCCGGACGCCGCGUGGGUGAGCGUGGCGAACCGCAGCCACCUCCCGCACAGCGGCCUCUCCAUGAAGGCGCAGGCACUCACGCCGUGCGUGCAGAGCUUCUGCUCGGCUCUCGACUCCGAACUGAAGGCCAAGCUGGACGACCUCCAGGCCUACCUCCCCGGCGACGCCGCGGCCGCCAAGGAGGCGGCUCCGUGCCGCUCCGCCUUCGACCGCUUCGCGGACGCGGGCGCCGUGGCGGGGCUGCUGCGCGAGCGCUGCGUGGCCUGCGUGCGCCGCGUGCUGGGCUGCGUGCGCCGGGAGCUGCGGCGCGCGCGCGACGAGGCCGCCCCGCUCGCCGCCGUCCUCUUCAUGGCCAGGCUCUGCCAGUCGCUGGGCCAGCUCUGCCCGCACCUCAAGCGCUGCAUCCUGGGCAGCGCCGAGGCAGCGCUGCUGGAAAGCCGCCCCGCCAAGAAGCUGGGCAAGGGGAAGGCGCAGGAACUGAGUCCUGGGCAGGCCGAGUGGCAGGCAGUGAAGGCAGAGCUCCUGCAGGAGAGCCUGUCUGCUUACCAGAUAUGGAGCUCGGCUGUCACCAAAGCCCUGGUGCAGAGCUUUGCCCACACCUUGCUGCUAGACUCAGCAGGCUUCAUCUUGGCCACAGCCACCAACUGGGAUGAAAUUGAAAUCCAGGAGGAGACCGAGUCUGGAAACAGCGUAACGUCCAAGAUCCGGCUACCUGUGCAGCCAUCCUGGUACGUUCAGUGCUUCCUCUUCAGCCUGUGCCAGGAGGUGAACCGCGUUGGAGGUCACACUCUUCCAAAAGUCACCUUGCAGGAGCUGCUCAAGACCUGCAUGACGGAAUUGCUUGCUGCCUAUGGAAAGCUUGUGGAAGGGAAGCGGGAGAAGAGAGAAGGCACCUUCCCCAUGACCCAGAACAGAGCUCUGCAGUUGCUCUAUGAUCUGCGGUACCUGAAUAUCAUCCUGAUGGCAAAGAGUGAGGAAGCCAAAGCCAGCAGGACCAAGCACGACUCUGGGAUUGAGAAGGUCAUUGAAUUCCUGGAGGGACACAUCGAUCCAUUUGACUUGGAUGUUUUUACUCCACACCUGAAUAGCAACCUCAACCGGCUGGUGCAGCGCACCUCUGUUCUCUUCGGCUUGUUAACUGGGACAGAGAACCAAUACACGAGCAGGAGCAGUGCCCUGAGCUCCCAGGAGCUCCACAACAUCCUGCCCUUAGCAUCCAGCCAGAUCAGAUUUGGACUUCUGCCACUGAGCAUGUCCAGCUCACGAAAGACGAAACCUGCUGCCAGAAACACAGAAGGAAUUCAGGUUCCACCUCCUGCGCUCCCAAGAGCAGAAGACGAGACGUUCCGUCCCGGCUCCUUGUUCAGGCAGCUUGUAGUCGAGGAAGACGACACAGCUGCCCCUUCCCUCUUCAAGCUGGGAUGGCUUUCAGGCAUGACCAAGUGAUUCCAUUAAAAAAUAAAAUAAAAAAAACUCACAUU